GCUAAAUUGAGACUCGUUUAACUAAAUAUAACCCGUCUCGCUCGUGCUGUUAUCACGUCACAACAAGUAAAGUUAUCCCAGGGAGCUUUCUCUGUUGGAUGAGAGGUGUCGGGUUUUAGGCUAUAAAAGGAGGGGCGCGCGCAAGUGCUCGACACUCAUCAUCCAGUCUGGAGACUGUAAAGGUGGCUGCAUCGGUGUGAAAAUGACUAUUUGGUGCAACUCCUGCAAACGUCACGUCAGCGCACCGUGCCCUUCUCACCAUCUGCCUGAGGAUCAGCGCAGCUCAGUUUGCAGGAGGUUCAGAUCUACCAAAGGAGCCUCCAAAGCCAGACGAGACCACAUCAAUCAUGAAAUCAGGAAUAUGCGGGCUCUGCUUCCCAUCAUCCAGGAGGACCAGGAACGUUUGUCCUACCUUCACUCCAUGGCAGCCAUCUGUACCUACAUCAGGAAGUCUGUUCUCUUCCAGGGGCUCCAAGCUGAGGAAAGAUCACACUGCUCCCUGCCAUAUGAGGCCUUUCUUGAAGCCCUGCCUGGCUUCAUCCUGGUUACUACCGCUCAAGGCAGGCUGGUCUAUGUGUCUGAAAAUGUGGCUGAAUAUAUAGGUCUUUCCAUGAUAGAUGUUCUACAAGGUGAUUCGUUAUAUGACAUGGUGGAAUGCUCUGAUGUGGAGGUUGUACAGUCAAGUCUGGAAACAGAAAAUAACUCGUCAUCAGAGAGAAGCUUUGUGUGUUGUAUGCUGUCCUCUAAGGUGUUUAAGUUGCAGCACGGUGGCUGCUGCUCCAUGCUGGUCCGAGGGAGCUUCCAGUUCUUCCCUCAGUCCUCUCCUGCAGCUUCUCUCUCCAGCGAGCCUCUGUUUGUCGCACUCUGCACCCCGACAGUGAACCGUUUGAUGAGCGCCGACUCUCACUUCCACAGCAGCUUCAACAGCACUCACAGGCUGGACAUGAGAUUUACCCAACUCUCAGACAGUGUUCUUUACUUCUUGGGAUAUUCAGCGGAUGAAAUGACCGGCCGAUCGUGGUACAGCCUGGUGCAUCCUGAGGAUCUUUCAUCAGCUGCAAAUUCUCACAGAAGUUUAAUGCAGGCAGAUGAGGGCUUCCAGGUGGAGAUGGUGCUGAGACUCCAGUGUGUGGAUCUGUCAUGGGCUUGGAUCUAUAUUCGAGCUAACAAGAACUCAGAGCUCCAGAGCAUCAGCUGCACCAACUUCAUCAUCAGUGAAACAGAGGUCAGAUUUCUGCAGAAGAAAAUCAGCAGUGAUGCCUUUGAGCCAUUCACGCCAAAUUCCCAGCAUCAUCCUCAACAAGCACCUCAAAGUCAGAGUUACAGCUCCAAAUGUUUUAAAAGGCAGAGGACGUCUAACAGUCGAAGUGAGGAGCCAGGCGCCAGAGCGAGAAGGGAGUCUGAGCAAGACAUAUACUCUGUGUUGUGCUCUUCCUCCCAAGGCAGCAGUUCUCCUGUCCCAUUGGGUGAAAGCCCUGCUCUCUUCACACCACCCUACAGCCCUGCCUCCUCUAGCUCCCCUCUGCAGCAGGAAGAGCUCAACCAUGACCUCCUGAUGGAUAGUCAUGAAUCCACAGAUCAGCUGCUGUCCUCCCCCGAGGGCUCUCCCGCUUAUUGCUCCUACCCAGAAUCACAGCUCACCCACCACCAAUCACCUGGCAACCUCCUCCCUGCAGCCUCUGAGCAAACCUUCAUGCACAGAGACUUUGGCACGUACAGUGCCCUCUCCCCGCUUUCCUCCUCAUCUCCAGCCUAUGAUUUUCAAGCUUGUACAUCCGAUGCUCGAUUAGUUCCAGACUGUCUGUCUGUGUCAGACACGUGUGACAGCCCAGUGGACUGUGCAUCACUGCAUCCAGAUGAUUUCGCCCUUCUGGAGGCACCACAUGAGGGCAGCCUCGUCCAAUUUCAUCAUGUUCCUCAGCAAGACUUUCCAGUACAUCCAGGUCUUCUUACACCCCACCAAUCUUCCAUAUUAACAGAGCCAAACCAGUACAAUGAGCGGGAGCAGGAAGAGAUCAGCAUUCUGGCUCAGCAGAUCUCCUCCCUGGCCAGCAGCUUUGACAUGCAUCACACCUUGAAUCCUCUUCAAAAUGGGACCCAGCAUGCAGCUGUCAACACCCCGCUCUCAGCCUGUAACUGGAACCAUAACCCUCUUCCUCUUUCAGUCAUGACUUCAAAAUGUGACUUAGUCCAUGAUGACAGUGUUUUUGACAGUAUCUUUAAAGAACUGAACAUGGUCGCAAGGAAAAGCAGCACAUCCAGCGCCGGCGUUAUUGUUGACAGCUACCAACAGAGCUUAGUGAGCAGAAGGACUGGGUCACGUCAGUUGGAGCAUGAGGCUCUUGGCCUUAGUGCAGACGACUUUCUGCCAGCAGAGCAGUUCACCGCAGACGAUGUCACGAGGGAUCCCUUCAGAUUGCAGCUGGGACACCAUGACCACAACCUUGGGUUGCAUCAACUCAACCACUAUAUGCAAAGUAGCCCCCGGCAAGAUGGGCUUGCUGAAGAAAACUUGUACUGAAAUAAGUCUGUGACUUACCGUGGUACCACUUGUAUGACAUAUUGUCAUGGCUGGAUUCAAACAGGACUGUGGGAGAAAAAAAUACAUCUUUAGUAGAUACUGUGUCCUGUUUCCCAAAUGGCUCAUUCCUGUAGUGUAGAAAACAAACCAGGACAGAUUCAGUGCCGUCCCUGCACUGCAACUCUGUCUUCAUUAGUCAGCACUGCUGUCAGCUGUUUUAUUUUUCGCUGAUGUAUAUUUUAAGGAAAAGGUACUUUGUAAAAAUAUGUCUUGACAAGACUUAGCUAUUGGAAUGGUGGUACAAUAUGUUUUUUCCUCUAAUACUGAGUGACCACAGUUUACCAUUGAGCACUUUAUCAAAGUCACUGCCACAAGAACUGUAUAAAGAGAAGACACUUGGCAGGAAUGUUACCUUGAUUUUUACCUGGAUAAGCUUUAACACAUAAAUCAUUCCUUAC